GAUGGACGUUUAUACACAUGCCGAAGUUUCAUCAUGUAUUGCAGACUAUGGAGAUUACGAUUGCAAAGUUAAUAUGAUUCCAUACGCCAACAAUUUUAUUCCACAUCCUGUUAUGAACUAUAAUUCCUGGCAUUAUAUUAGACUCAUUAUUAACUUUAAGGAGCAAUCUCGCUUUACUCAUGCUGUUUUACAUUCGAGAAAUUAUCACACAUUCAUGGAUUUUAGAUACCCUGGCCAAAACGAUUUGCGAGUGAUAAGCAAUACGCAGAAUAACGUUGGAAGACCUUGUUUCAUCCCUGUUUUAGAUCGUGAAUUUAAAAAUUUAGAAUUAGGAAUUUUCAGCAACGAAAAUAAUAAAAGACCAGGACUUGUUAAGCUCAUAUUUUAUAGGAAAAAACAUUACUCCGGUAAAAAAAUGGUCGCUCAACUCUACAUUGAUAAUCUGGCAUAUAUAUCGAGCUGUGUGUCCAGUGAUGAUCCUUCUGGAUCUAAUCCAGCGAGAAAUUGCUUUAAGGCAAUGGACACUAUAACAAAACUGGAAAAUAAGAUUUACAAUCCACCUGAAAAUAGCUACCAAAACUAUUAUAGCAACUGGGAUGUUUCGAAGAAUUCAGCAUGGUAUAAAGUACAGUUUAGACAUACUCUGAUUUUAAAAGCUGUAAGAAUAAAACCAAAAAACGCAGGUUCUGAAAAUGACGCCACUCAAUGGCUAUUACAGGUUGCUGAUGGUUCUACUUACGAUCUUCAUGUCACAAAUGCCAAUGGUUGGAAUGAAAAAGUUCUAGAUAGCGCAGAAUUUACCAACACUGUCACACUAAAGCAACCUACAGUUCGCCCAGGAGCGAGCAAGGUAGGUUUUUUAGAAGUUAGUUUUAAAGCGUAUCAGCCUACAUCAGCAGCGCUUCAAUAUGAAACAGUAUAUUCCAAUUUUACUGAUUUUACUGAAAACACUGCAACCAAAUGUACUUUUUUGGCUACGCCUUGUGAAGAUCGGUUGAAAGGUGAAGGUUCUUCUCUUCCCCCUCAGCUUGUUUCGGUUCCCGUUCAGUAUACGAUAAACUAG